AAACAAAUACCGUGUGUGAGAAGGUACACACGGGGUGAACCGCCCGUUCCGUUCUUGAUGUCAGUCACCUGACGUUCGUGUGGAUGCACACAGAUAACAAACGCACCCAUCCAGCGCAUUGACAGAAAUGGCUACCACGGAAGUCGAGAGGAGGCGAGGCCAGCUGGCUGCUCUGUCCAUAGCAGUGGUGGUCAUCAUCGUGGGAGUACCUCUGUGGUGGAAAACAACUGAAACGUACCGCGCCUGGUUGCCUGUCAGUCAGAUAAAUGAGUUGUCUAAUCUGCAGCUGCAGUUGAGUGCUGAUGUGGAGGUUGUGUUUGCACGUGGAACGGUGACACCGGAACAGCAGAAGAAGGUCCCACUUACACGGACGCAGGAUGAGGAACACACAGUAGAUGAGGACACGGCUUUAAGGUACAGGUACGAGACAAGGUACCGCACAGCUACAAUCAUGGAGGAGGAUGCCCUGGAUCAGCCCACUGCUGCAGAGGCAGAUCUGUCUCUGCACACACUCAGCGAGAGUCCAUGUGGCUCUUUAGUCGUGUAUGUUAUCCCAGAGUCUUCUUCACUGCUGCCUCAGGAUGUGGAAGUGUACAUCGGUGAGCGACGGACAGCUCUACUGCGUAUUGGUGCCCAGAUGAGAGUAGGCAAGACUCUAGAUCUGUUACUGGCUCAUCUGGAGCCUCGGAUUAAGCAGGUGCUGCAGGUGAUGUCUUUUAGCCACACCGACAUCACCGCGGCCCUCAGCGACAGAGUCCGUCUCAGUCCUGGCAACAAAGAGAGCAUCGCAGACAGUAUGAGAACCUUUAAAUCCAGCCCAGGUUAUGAGAUAACAUUCAGUCUGCUGAACCCAGACCCAAAGUCACACCGGCUACACUGGGACAUAGAGGGUGCCGCGCAGACCUACAUCCAACCUUUGCUUACAAAACUGGCGCCUGUGGCCAACUUUAGCAUUGACUCUCAGACCUUGUACUACGCCAUGCUCGGCGUCAACCCGCGCUUUGACAGCAGCCUCGGUGCUUACACACUCAACCCCGACAGCCUCGCACAUAUGAUCAACCCUGUGGAGGCUAGACUGGGCUCAAAUGCUGCUUCUUCCAACCCGGUGUUGAAUUUUCUUCUGUAUGUCCCGGAUGCCCAACAUUCACCACUUCACAUUCAUGACAGCAAGAAACAGGAAGUGCCCACUAAUGCGUUUCACUCUCCACGCUGGGGUGGAAUUAUGGUCUAUAAUGUUGAUGGUUUCUAUGGACCAGAGGCUGUAUUCCCUGUUGAAGUCAACAUCAACAUGGCCAAAGUUAUGGGAGUCUUUCUUGCACAGCUUCGACUGUUGCUGGGUGUGCAGUUGUCUACCGCUCCCUCAGGCUUCCUGGUGGCACCGUGCGGCAGUACAGGACUAGCUGAUUGGGAGCUGGACCGUCUCAUGUGGAGUCGGAGUGUGGAAAAUGUUGCAACGGCAACCACAACCAUCACAUCGCUGGCACAGCUGUUGGAUCAAAUAGGCAACAUUGUAAUCAAUGACAACAUUGCUGAACAGGUGUCCAGUGCUGUCACGUCUCUUCAGCUGGCUGUGGCUGAGUUGGAGGCCGGGAACCUGCGCUUUGCUCUGCAGUACAGUAAAGAGGCCAUCCUGGCAUCAGAAAGGGCGUUCUUUGACCCUUCACUUCUCCAUCUCCUCUACUUUCCAGAUGACCAGAAGUUUGCUAUUUACAUACCUCUUUUCCUGCCAAUGUGUGUGCCUAUUCUUCUAUCACUGCUUAAAAUUGUAUCUGACUUGCGACAGAAACGCAGGGAGAAGCAAGCCAAGAAGGACUGAGUCCCAUAAAGGCUUGAAUUGUUAUGAAUGUUUUA